UAAUGGAAUCUAAAAAGUCAAACACUCCACGACCUAUCAAAAAGCUUGAGGAAUCUGUUGUGAACAGGAUUGCAGCUGGAGAGGUUAUUCAACGGCCUUCUAACGCGCUAAAAGAGCUAAUCGAGAAUUCUUUGGAUGCUGGAGCAACUAACAUUCAAAUAUUAAUCAAAGAAGGAGGACUCAAACUUCUUCAAAUUCUUGAUAACGGACAUGGAAUUAGAAGAGAGGAUAUGGCUAUCGUGUGUGAACGUUUCACAACAAGUAAACUUAAGAAUUUUGAAGAUUUAUUACACAUAGGCACUUAUGGAUUUCGUGGUGAGGCUUUAGCGAGUAUAAGUCACGUAGCUCAUCUUACAAUCACCACGAAAACUGUUGAUUCUAACUGUGCUUAUAGAGCUUGCUAUUCUGAUGGUAAACUUGUUCCACUAAAACCUGGUGCCGCUGCUGAACCAAAAGCAUGCGCAGGUAACAUUGGUACACAGAUUACAGCGGAAGACCUCUUUUAUAAUGUACCAACUCGUCGGAAAGCUUUGAAGAACCCAAGCGAAGAAUAUGCAAGGGUUCUUGAUGUGGUUAAUCGAUACGCUAUUCAUAAUGCAGGUGUUGGAUUUUCAUGUAAAAAGCAAGGAUCAACUCAAGCAGACGUGAAUACUUUAUCGACAGCAUCCACAUUAGACAACAUUCGGCAAAUAUAUGGGAGUGUGGCCUCUGAAUUAUUAGAAUUAGGAAAACUUUUUAGAAAGCUCGAAUUCAGAGUGAAUGGAUACAUUUCUAACCCCAAUUAUAAUUUAAAAAAAAUGUGUUUCCUUUUAUUCAUUAAUCACAGAGCAGUAGAGAGUUCAUUGCUCAAAAAAACUAUUGAAAGUGUUUAUACAACUUAUUUACCGAAAAAUACACAUCCGUUUGUUUAUUUGAGUUUAGAGAUUAAUCCAGAAAAUGUUGAUGUGAACGUCCAUCCCACAAAACGCGAGGUUCGAUUUUUAAAUGAAGAAGAAAUUAUUACGGCAGUUGGAGAUGCAAUACAGGAACGUCUUGUUGGUGCCAAUAGUUCUAGAGUUUUUUUAACUCAGACUUUAUUACCUGGUGCCAAACCUAUAGAGACUAGUGCAAAUGAGGCUGAAAGUUCAAUUAAAAAAUCUGGCACCAAGGUAUUGACAUAUAAACACGUUAGAACUGACAGUAGAGCUCAGAAAUUAGACCGUUUUUGCGCUCCAAAUGAUGUAUCCAAUGCGAUAUCCCAGAACAAUGCAGAUAAUAAAUUCGAUAUAAGUUGUCAUGAUUCUAUUGAAGGUGAUAAUGCCGUGUCAUCAAGCUUGAAACGUAAGCGUGAUCGUAAUGAGGUUCGAUUGACAAGUAUUUUAACAUUACGAAAGCGGUUACGAGAAGUUGAGCACAAAGGGCUUACCGAAUUGCUUUCUAAUCAUACAAUGAUUGGUUGUGUUGAUGAUUCGUUAACUUUAGCUCUUAUACAGCAUCAAACAAAACUUUACAUGAUCAACUAUAAUAUUCUUAGUAAUUUCGGAUUUAUUCAAUUAUCUACCCCGGCCCCAAUAUAUGAUUUAAUCAUUUAUGCUUUGGAAUCAAGUGUUCAAGAAACCGAAAAUUUAAGACCAAAUCAUGAAAUUGCUCUGAUUAUCGUUAAUAAAUUGAUCUCUAGAAGGCAGAUGUUAUUAGAAUAUUUUUCUAUGACUGUGGGUGAACAAGGUGAACUAGUCACUUUGCCAUUAAUGCUUAAAGGAUAUGCGCCGAAUUUGAAUAAACUUCCGACAUUUUUGUUGCGCUUGGGCAGUGAGGUUGAUUGGGAUACCGAAAUUGGAUGUUUUGAGACUUUGUCUCGUGAAUUUGGAUUAUUUUAUGCACCAGAGCCACCAGAUUUGUCUUUUCAAGAUGCAGACGAUGAUUUAAUGGAUAUUGAUUCAAAUAAUGAAAAAGAUAGCACUGUAAUAAAACAAAGACAAAAGGCCGAAAUCGCAAGGUAUCGAUGGCAAAUUGAGCAUUUAAUUUUUCCAACUUUAAAGGGCCAGUUCAUCGCUCCCAAAAGUAUUGCUGAAAGUGGGCAUGUACUUCAGAUAGCAAAUCUACCCGAUUUAUAUCGUAUAUUUGAACGUUGUUAG